AUGUCUCACGUUCGUCAACACUCGGACGGUCUUUGGACUGUUCCACAUAGGGAUCCUUUCACCUACGACAACGCUGCUACCAAUGGGACCAAUGGCGCGUCAGCUACUGCUAAAGGUCUACCUAAAGAACAACGAGCUGCUGUUCGAGUCGGCAGUGGCCACGAUGCUACGGCACCAGUGAAGACAGUCCCCGUCUCGCAGCAGCCCGGUCCCGGGCAAAUUCUUGUCAAGAUCAACUGGACUGGUCUAUGUGCGAGCGACAAGUCCCUCAUACACGACGAAUGGAAGGCAUUCGGUGUUGCCAUGAUGGAGCAGACAACUGGUAUUGCUGGGCACGAGGGCGCUGGCGAAGUUGUCGCUGUUCAUCCCGACGUGGCUGACAUCUGGAAGAUCGGUGACCGAGCUGGAGUCAAAUGGGUCGUCUCUACCUGUCGAAAGUGCGAAUUCUGCACCAAUGGUACCGAUGAAUUGCACUGCAAGUCCCAGAUCAAUUCGGGCUUCUCCGCGCCUGGCACUUUCCAAGAAUACUGCCUCACCGAUGGUCGCUACGCCACUCGUAUUCCCGAGGGCGUGCUGGACGAAGAGGCUGGUCCUAUCAUGUGUGGUGGCGUGACCGCAUACACAGCCUGCAAGCGCAGCGCUGUACGUCCGGGCCAAUGGGUCGUUGUUAUUGGUGCAGGAGGAGGUCUAGGACACUUCGCUGUGCAGUAUGCGAAGGCCCUCGGCAUGAGAGUAAUUGCGAUCGAUGGCGGCGAAGAGAAGAGGAAGCUUUGUACAGAUCUCGGAGCGGAGCAUUAUCUCGAUUUCACGGCCGGGCAGGACUUGGCUGCUGAGGUGGAGAAGUUGACGACGUAUGGUGCUCAUGGUGCAAUUGUUAUUGCGGCGAGCCGAGCUGCGUAUGCUUUGGGACCUGCGCUUCUGAGGCCUGGAGGCACAAUGGUAGCUGUUGGCCUCCCGGCUGAGACUGACGUGGUCGCUGGUGCUCCGCCACUCAUGAUGGCAUUGAAGAGGCUCAAUAUUGUUGGAUCUGUGACUGGUACAUUGAAGGAUGUCGAAGAGGCCCUUGACUUCUGCGCUCGCGAUCUCGUUCAUCCCAUCUUGACCAAGGGCACACUCGACGACGUGGAUAAAUUCUGCCAGCUCAUGAUUGCGGGCAAGUUGCCAGGAAGAGCUGUGCUGAAGGUCGCGGCUUGAGGAGAUGAUGAGACA